CCAAGAGUGGGCAACGCGGCGUGAGCAGCAGCCCCAGGCUCCCGGAGCAUCGCGCCCGGAGAAAGACUUCGCCGCUCGGGGCCGCAGCCUGGUGAGCUCAGCCCCCUUCAAGCCCUCCCCUGCAUCUCAGCCGGAGCUUCUCCAAACAGACGCUGAUCGAUGCCGAGACUCCCCUGGGACCCUAUCGCGACUCCAUCGUGCCAUAUCUCGACAUCACCGUACCCUGUCGAGACUCCAUUUUGUCACAACCCCUUUCAGUAUUUAUCUAUCUAUUUUUAAAAUUUGCCCUAUCAUAUUUGGGGGCUGUCCCCUUCAUGUCGUGAUUUCGCUGUGAUCUCUCCGUGACAUCACCGCGCCAUCGUGAAGUGUGAUCUCAUCGCUGCCCUGUCGUUCGACUUCAUCAAUGUCGUGUUGUGACCUGGCUGCGGCGGGACAGGUGGUGACCGCCAGGAUCCCUUCUCCCCUUCUCAUCUCUCCAUCACUGCAGGCCCGCUUCGAUUAUCCGGCUUUUGGAUUCUGUUAUCCUGAGAGCCACCCGACCCCUCUUUCCUUCUCCAGCCAGUGCCGGCACCCACAGGCUGUUAGCGGGACGGGCAGGGAGAGUACAGUUGGGCAAGGCGGGCAUCAUGGCCUCGGAUUGUGAGCCAGCUCUGAACCAGGCAGAGAGCCGAAACCCCACCCUGGAGCGCUACCUGGGAGCCCUCCGUGAGGCCAAGAAUGACAGCGAGCAGUUUGCAGCCCUGCUGCUAGUAACCAAGGCAGUCAAGGCAGGUGACAUUGACGCCAAAACCCGACGUAGGAUCUUUGAUGCCGUUGGGUUCACCUUUCCCAACCGACUCCUGACCACUAAGGAGGCACCUGAUGGCUGCCCUGACCACGUUCUCCGGGCCCUGGGUGUGGCCCUGCUGGCCUGUUUCUGCAGCGACCCUGAACUAGCCAGCCAUCCCCAGGUCCUGAACAAGAUCCCCAUCCUUAGCACAUUCCUUACAGCCCGGGGGGACCCUGAUGAUGCUGCCCGCCGCUCCAUGAUUGAUGACACCUACCAGUGCCUGACAGCUGUUGCAGGCACACCCCGAGGGCCCCGGCACCUCAUUGCUGGUGGCACAGUGUCAGCCCUGUGCCAGGCAUACCUGGGGCAUGGCUAUGGCUUUGACCAGGCCCUGGCACUCCUGGUGGGGCUGCUGGCUGCUGCAGAGACACAGUGCUGGAAGGAGGCGGAGCCCGACCUGCUGGCUGUGCUGCGAGGCCUCAGUGAGGAUUUCCAAAGAGCCGAAGAUGCCAGCAAGUUUGAGCUCUGCCAGCUGCUGCCCCUUUUCCUGCCCCCAACAACUGUGCCCCCUGAAUGCCACCGGGAUCUGCAGGCUGGGCUGGCACGCAUCCUAGGAAGCAAGUUGAGCUCCUGGCAGCGCAACCCUGCACUGAAGCUGGCAGCCCGCCUGGCUCAUGCCUGCGGCUCCGACUGGAUCCCAGUGGGCAGCUCCGGGAGCAAGUUUCUGGCCCUCCUGGUGAAUCUGGCAUGCGUGGAGGUGCGGCUGGCUCUCGAGGAGACAGGCACAGAGGUGAAAGAAGACGUGGUCACCGCCUGCUAUGCCCUUAUGGAGUUGGGGAUCCAGGAGUGUACCCGCUGUGAGCAGUCUCUGCUUAAGGAGCCACAGAAGGUUCAGCUCGUGAGCAUUAUGAAAGAGGCCAUCGGAGCUGUCAUCCACUACCUGCUGCAGGUGGGGCCAGAGAAGCAGAAAGAGCCCUUUGUGUUUGCCUCGGUGCGGAUCCUGGGUGCCUGGCUGGCGGAGGAGACCUCAUCCCUGCGUAAGGAGGUGUGCCAACUGCUGCCCUUCCUUGUUCGAUAUGCCAAGACACUCUAUGAAGAGGCUGAGGAGGCCAGUGACAUUUCGCAGCAGGUGGCCAACUUGGCCAUCUCUCCCACUACACCAGGGCCCUCUUGGCCAGGGGAUGCUCUCCGGCUCCUCCUUCCCGGCUGGUGCCACCUGACUGUUGAAGAUGGUCCCCGGGAGAUUCUGAUCAAGGAAGGCGCGCCCUCGCUUCUGUGCAAGUACUUCCUGCAGCAGUGGGAGCUCACAUCCCCUGGCCAUGAUACCUCAGUGCUGCCAGACAGUGUGGAGAUCGGCCUACAGACCUGUUGCCACAUCUUCCUCAACCUGGUGGUCACCGCUCCAGGGCUGAUCAAGCGAGAUGCCUGCUUCACAUCUCUUAUGAACACCCUGAUGACAUCACUGCCCUCACUGGUCCAGCAACAAGGGAGACUGCUUCUGGCUGCCAACGUGGCCACCUUGGGACUCCUAAUGGCCCGGCUCCUUAGCACCUCUCCAGCUCUCCAAGGAACUCCAGCCUCCAGAGGUUUCUUCGCAGCUGCCAUCCUCUUUCUGUCACAGUCCCAUGUGGCACGGGCCACCCCUGGCUCUGACCAGGCGGUGUUGGCCCUGUCCCCUGACUAUGAGGGCAUCUGGGCUGACUUGCAGGAGCUCUGGUUCCUGGGCAUGCAGGCCUUCACAGGUUGUGUGCCGCUGUUGCCCUGGCUGGCCCCUGCUGCCCUGCGCUCCCGCUGGCCACAGGAGCUGCUACAACUGCUAGGUAGUGUAAGCCCCAACUCCGUCAAGCCUGAGAUGGUGGCUGCCUACCAGGGCGUGCUGGUAGAAUUGGCGCGGGCUAACCGGCUAUGCCGGGAGGCCAUGAGGUUGCAGGCAGGUGAAGAAACAGCCAGCCAUUACCGCAUGGCUGCAUUGGAGCAGUGCCUGUCUGAACCCUGAGGGGCACCCAGUGGGCAUAGACCCCGGGGCGGGCAGCGAGGGAAGGAGGGAGGAGGCAUCUUCCCUGAAGCCCCCAAACUGGACCCCUUCUUCAGAUCCCCACAAACAUCCCAGCUUUCUGGCUUUUCUGAGGGCUAGGGCAUGAUGCCCACCUCUCAAGUAUAAGAAACUGCAUCCUGCCUCCAGCCCCCUUGGGGCCGGGAUUGGCUUGGAACGGAGGUUGGCCCCGCCAGGCCGGGGAAGGUUGGAGAAGCCCCCAGGAAGAGGGUAACUAAGUGUCAUUAUACCCAGCGUCUGGCUCCCUGGCAGGAGGGAGGUCCCAGGGUAGGAGCGGGCUGGCAGGCGCUGACUGCCUCAGCCCAUGUGCCCUGCCGGCCAGGGCGUGGCCUCCCCAAGACUGUGGUGCCCCUUCUGGCUCCCCCAGGUCAGGUCCGCCCUUUAAAUUGGCCGAUUGGCUUUUGCCUUUGGUCCUCUUGGACAGAGAGCAGGCUCAGGCCAUUGACAUCACAGUUCUUCCUUUCAACUCUAGUGACCCGGGGUCCAAGUUGCCCCUAUGCUUCCAGGGCAAUUUGGAGCAGACAGACCAGUGGGGGGGGUGGGGAACCUCCUUCCACCUGCGCUUCAUUGAAGGGACCGGAGAGCCCUUGGUCCCAGGUCUCCUGAGCUUUUGUGUCAUGUUGCAGCAGAGUGAAGAUGGGGGUUGGGGGUUAUUUAUUUUGCUUGUCCUUAUCCCUGCUUGGACACCUGAGCAUCAGAUCCCUGUGCCCCUGGUGUCAUCUGGCCUGGCUGGAGCCAGGAACAGGAGGACACACCACCCUAGAAUCCGCAUGUUUUCCCUGUGAUUGCACUCCACUGCCACCGUGGUGCCUGGCUUCAACUCCCCUCCCCCAGUCCCUGCUAAGACUCUUCUCUGCAGGGAGACGCGACUGGCGGCUCCAGCAGGAACUACCUUUCUGAACCCAUGGAGACCCGCAUACACCUGACCCCUUGCUGCCUCCCCCCUACCCCCAGUGCGUUCUGUGAUCGCCAAGUUCAAAGCUGUGCACAUGUGGACACUCAAUAAAUGUUUAUUGGUGAUGAGAA